AUGACCGUGAUCGUCGAGAGGAAGCGGUCAAGACCCCCCACUCAGGUUCUUCGUCUGGAGGAGUUGUAUGUAGACAUCGAGGAUCCGAUGAUGAAGGAUGCGAGGAGGGAUGAGAAUGGCCUCGAGCUGCACGUCACGGACUCAGCUCAUGACUUUAAGCAUCUCUUGCACAUCCUUUACGAUGGUUUUGAGUAUAUGAAGAGCGUCAAACCAAUGGAAUUCUGCGACCUUGCAUCAGCCGCCCGUCUCGCACAUAAGUACUCCAUCUUCUCGAUACUCAACCAGUGCCUCGAGCACCUCGAAGCCUUCUUCCCCUCCACGAUCGACGACUGGGACAAGCACGAGUCUCUCCGUGCGCCUUCUUCCCGCUCUUUCUCUCCUCAGAACGCCAUCGAGGCGGUCAUCCUCCUCCGCUCCCUCCCACCAACUGGUCCCGCGGGCGCGAUGCUCCCUGCCGCCUACUACCUCGCUGCGCAGCUGCCCUCAAUCGUGAUCUCCACUGGCGCUCGGCGCGUAGACGGGACGCUCGAGACACUAGCACAGCCCGACCUCGAUCACGUCUACGCGCUACAGAAGGAGCUCGUCGUCGAUGCCGUCGACGCCCAUUCCGCGGUGUACAAAGGUGUCCCUGAAGGGUGCAAGGCCGGCCUGUUCCGCUCGUGCCGCGCCGGGCUGGAGCGCGCGGAGAAGGACUUCCGGCGGGCUGCGGUGCACGGAGACCCGCUGGGCGACGCUUUGCGCCUUGAGAUCGUGGGGCUGGCGGGUGACAAGUACAGGGUAUGCGGGCCUUGCAUAGCCGCGCUGUGGAAACGGGAGGGGGAGUCUAGGAAGAAGAUUUGGGACAAGCUGCAUGAAGGUCCCAGGAGGGGAGAACAGCCGGCGGACUCAGGGAAGGCCGCAGGAGGGAAGGCAAAGUAG